AUGUCCUCGCGCAGUAGGCCGUUCUUCCUGUCACUGGGAACAGUCACAGGGGAGAAGGUCCCAGUAACCAUCAAUGGAGAACCAGUAGAGUUUGACGCGCCUGGUUUUAAAGGUCGGUUUCACGUCAUUCACGAUACUGGCAAUGAACCUGGUAAUGUGAAACCUGAGCAGACGGGUGGGCCUAGAAAAGGCUUGAUGGUUCAGUUUCAGGGCAAGUUCAAGAAGAUCGCCAGCAUGGGACAGGAGAACUCCACCAACAUUUGGGCUGGUGGUACUCUAGAUGGCGAGCUCAACCUUGGCUGGAUCAUGUCCAAUGUAGCGUCAGUGGGUGCGAAGUUCGCAAAGAAGAAGACGGGUGGCCGAUUUGUUAUCGACCUAGGCACCAAGACCAGCCCCUGCUUCAUGGGCUUCCACAUUCGUGCUUUGAUGUGCUUCAACCGAACACCAGAGGGUGAAGAGCCGCCCAAACUGGGUAGUGACGAAGUGGAAAAUAUCGCUUGGGCAGGCCCAGGAUUGCUGGAGGUGGAUACAACAAGUACAUACACCUUCGUUUGGAGAGUUGCCUAUCUCGACCUUUGCACCUGGGAAUUGCUCAAGGUUCCAGCCAUCAGCCCCUUGCCACUGGAAAGUGUUCUGGGGGACAUCAAGUCAGGCAUUGCUUGUAUCUACGACUUGGGCCAUUGUGGGGGAGAUCACUCCAAGUUCCGAGAGAGCUUGAUCUUGGAGAUUUUCUUUGCUCGAGGCUCCGAAGGAGACGAGUGGCCACAACCUGCCCUACUUCCUCCUGAGAUGGAUGAUUCACCGAAGACUCCAUUGGAAGCUGCCUCAGAUGCCUCUGAGGAAGCCUCACAGCCCGAUCCCGAAGCGGAAGGCUUGGUAGUUGAGGAUGAGAAUAGUGAUAGUGACUCCACACAGGAUUCUUUGGAAGAUGAUGCGUUCGAUCAAGAUGAGGAGGAAAUCAGAGCUCUUAGCAAAAGCCAUUCCCAAGCCUUGUUGGAGAUCGAAACUUGGCGGCCUCGGAGUAUGGAUGGACCAGCUGCAAAUAUCAACGUUGAGAUGCCCUUCUACAUUGAAGCGAUCGAUCGUUUCCGACGACGGAAGGUCAGAUAUUGGUACAUUUUUGGUAUCCUCUCAGAUGCGCAGAAGCCCCUUUGGCAUGCCCGAGACUCCUUGGAACUGGCGUCGCUGUGCCGACCGAAGCGUCGGCUGCGCACCUUUCGGCGAGGACCUGGGGCACGGAGGUACACUUGCUGUGCAGUCAAGACGUUGGAACAAUUUCGCAUGGUGGUGUUAGACCACCUGAAGCAAGAGGACUCCAAGCUAAGGAACGUGCUGCUGAGGGCAGCGGAAUCGGGAACUUUGACACCCGAAAUGGUGGACAAGCAAACUUCCGGCGUUCCGACUCCCGAAGCAUCCAGCAGUCAAAUGAGCCCGGCCAGACUGGCGCGCAAAGUUCGAAAAGGCGCCAUGGGUCUACGACGGCGUCGCUGGCCGUCCAUCGCCCCACGCUUCUUCAUGGCGUCUGACAGUGUGAUUUGCGCUUUGGCCUUCGCACACGCGCGGCAGGGCCGCGGGAAGAUUGUCCAAGAGGCCCUGGUGGGUGCCGUUCACUUUGAAGGAAGGCUUUGCGAGGAGCUCUUGCGACUCUCCUCCGAUGGAAUCCUCAGAUGCUUCACGCCCUACGACUGUGAAAAGCCCCGGGUGAGUGUGCAUGUGUCGGAGAUUCAGCAGGUCGAUUCGGUGCCAGGUCUUUUUCUGGGACGCUUCCUGCUGUGGCAGGUGCACACGGUGCUGCGAGUCUUUGUGUUCUGCUGCGCGGAUGGCGCGGAUCGGGAGUUGUGGAUCUCCAAUCUGCAGCAAGUGAUGUCCCAGUUUCAUGACUCCAGCCAGCUCCUGACUCCCGCGGAGACGAAGCAGCAGAUCGACUCCCCCCGGGAGCCCAUGACCCCAAAGACGCCGGCCACAUGGAAGUCCUCCAGGUCGACACCUGCAGACGUCUUUGGGUCCAUUGCUAAGAAGGCCGCGGUCAAAGUGGCCGGUGGAGCGUCUAAGGGGAUGGCCUCCUUGCGCGCCAUCGCCAGUGGCCAAAGGGUGCCAUCCAAGGAGGCCAUUCUCUUGAUGGACUCUACUCGCGCACGCCGCUGGGGACAUCGAAGACGCUUGGUGCUGAACGACCGGAUUCUCACCAGUGCACCGAAGCAGGCCUUUGAGUCGGACAUUGCUCAAGUUCUUCUCGAAACAGCUCUUUCCCUGGGUGAUGUGCCAGCAGCUGGAGAUGUAGCUUCGUUCCUUGAUGCCACUUGCUUGCUGAAGGCUAUUCAAUUUGCCUCAUGGAGUGAAGCUGAGCAAUUGGCCUUUUGGGUCAAUAUAUAUCAUUGUCUUCUCUUGCAUGGAUUUCUGAUUUUUGGUGCUCCGCAGACAAAAUCUGAGAUGAGCAACUUUCGCAAUCGAGUCAGCUAUUUGAUUGGGUCAAGGCCGAUGAGCCUGCGAGAGAUCGAGACCGUGAUUUUGCACGUGCCUCGCAGUGACCCGCAGGCGGCGCGCCAGGCGCGCGCACGCGCCAGGCAGUUGAUGGGAGUCUUUGGACUCUGUUGGGGAAAGCUGCCCCAUGCGUCGAGACCCGUGCCUCGCGUGAACGGUGACGAUGGACCAGACUCUCCAGUGAGCCGUUUGGAUGAAGCGGUGGGGCAAAGUGAUACGUUGGGACCUCUUUGCUUACCAAAGAUGCAGCUCCCGAAAGUUCCGUGGGCGAGUGGAAAGGUCCAAGCUUGCCUGUACCUGGGCAUCUCCCCAGAAAGUUGGAUCUUGCCGAAGCAAGACUUGAGAGUGGUCUUGACCUUGAACCGUGGCACGCUGAGCUGCCUCUCUGCGAUUCCAGUGUUGACUCCAGAGAACUUGGAGCAAGAACUCGAUUGCAUGGCACAUCAAUUUGUGAGUACUUUCGUGGAGGUGCAGCUUCGUGACACGGUUCCUGAGAGGGCCACUUUGCCCAUGAUGUGCCAAGGGAUUCUGCAGGAGUUCCGAGACAAUGAGCGCGACUUGUUGGCUUUCAUUUGGAACUUCAUGUCCAAGGAGGCAGCGCAGCUGCCGGAGCGCAAAGUCCGGGUGAAGUUCAAGAAGUUCCCACAGGAUGCGCGCCCCCGCGCGCAGUUCUUCAAGGCCAUCUUGACGCCGAAGACGAUGUCGUCGUCCACGAGCUUUGAAGCCUUGGGGAGUGCCGCCAAGGCGGGGAACCGAAUGGUGGCCGGUUCUUGCAUGAGCCUGGUAGCUUUGAGCCAGAAGGCCUCCAGUGAUGUGAGAGCCGGUCGCUGGCGUUUGGCCUUCCGUCGGCUUUUCGCUGACCUGAAGCAUCAUGGCUUGCAGCUGGAUGAGCCGGCUGCGACCUUGGGCAUCAAGUCCUGCUCUGCGAGCAACAGCUGGGUCUUUGCCUUGAGGGUGCUGGAUUUGGCACGAGAUGCUGGUGCAUUUGAUGCCGUCUUGUGUAGUGCUGCACUGGAUUCUUGUGGAAAGGGCUUGGCUUGGCGGGAUGUGCUCAAUGUCUUCAGCUACAUCCCUCAGUGUGGUCUUCAGCGAAAUGUGAUCAUGGCCAAUGCAGCGGUCUCAUGCUUUCAACGCACGCGCUUUUGGCGGCUUGCGGCGGCAUUCCUUCAGGAGAUUUCUUCCAAGAGACUGCGACUACUUGACACCACUUUCGACGCCGCCACUGGGGCACUUGGAGCUCAUUCUUGGAAGGAGGCAGUGUUUUGGCUUUGGAAGGCCAGGGGGUGUGGCCUCUCUGGCCAGGAACCUCAGCAUGUUUCGUUGCGUGUGGAUGCCAAGUUUGCCCAAACUCGUUUCUUCCCUCCUAGGCAGCAUGAUGAGGAUCAACAUGGCACUUGGAGCCGCGGCAGCUUCCAGUUGGAGAAGCGGAGGGUCCCUCUUGGAGGGUUCCGAGAUCAAGGCGGAUGUCUACGGAUGGACGUCUGUGAUCUCCGGCUUCACGAGGGCGAGCCGCUGGGAAAGUGCCAGUUCUUUGGCUUCUCAGUUGGCUCGGAGGAGGCUUCAGGCCCAUCUCAUCACCCAGAAUGCGCUGCUGGGAGGUCGAAGUGAAGGUGGACCCAGUGGACCCGGUUCUGCCGCUGGAGCGGGACGUGCGGGACGUGCGGUACCGGCGUCUUCUCGCCCUUGGGACCGGGCCUUGCAGCAGGUCAGCAUCGGAUUUGAUGUUGUGACCGGCUGUUCCUUGGUUUCUGCCGCAACUCUUGCCAAGCAAUGGGCAUCUGCUGUGGGGUUUCUGCAUGCAACGCGUGAGCGCGGUGUUCUUCUUGAUGGCAUUGCGUGGAGCGCAGGUGUUUCAGCCUUGGCAUUUGGCUCUUUUUGGGAAUCAUCUUUGUUGCAAGCCGCCGCCACCAUUUCAGCUUGGAAGGGUUUGUCUGGUGCGAUUACCAGCACACUGCUGGGCUCUUGCACUUUAUGGGAGGUGUGCUGAUGGGCAUGCUGACCAAUGCUUUUCCCCUCGAUAAAGACUUCGAAUACGCGACCAGUUUUGAAGAGGAAGGAUAGCAGUUGCCUUCUCGUUGACAUGGCAUGCAAUUCUUGCCCCCAUCAGGUUGCCAUCAAUGUGUUAGCCUCGACUCAACAUGCGAAUUUGGAGCCUGAUGCCAGCUCGGAUGGUGCGGCGGCAUUCUUGAGAAGUAUCUCGAAAGGUAGCUGGCAACAUUCCUUGGCUUUCGCUGAGCGCGACCACGAAGCAUUGAAACAAGCUUCUGUCGCUGAAAGCAUGGUUCAGUGCCUGCUGCAGGCUGGCUCCUUUGAGGCCUUGCUGCAACACUUGUGGAAAACUCGCCAAACACUUUGCGAGCUUCUUGUGAAGCGCUCACAUGAAAAGGGAUGUGUGUUGUGAUUCUUCUGAGCCAUUUCA